GAUGAACAGUAUAAUUGUAAAUGGGCUUUUGAGCUUCUAUAAUGUUUCUUUUUGGGCUUCAUUUUCCUUUACCAACAGGCUCAUUUUUCCCCUGAUAUAUAAGCCACGGCCCACGUAUGUGUUUUAUUCCUUUUGUGUUGUUAUGUCCCUAUUGCUGCCGCGUGUACAUGUUUCCCAGGUUUCUUUGUUUUCUCAUUAAUCUUCACCACACUUAUGAUGCUGUUUAUUUGUGUUUUGAUUGAAGAAAAAGGAAGUUUGAAUUGAAACUGGUUUGGCGUGCAACGGUUCUUCCAUAGGUUUACUGUUGUUCCAUUGGUGGGGUUCUUCCACAUAUAACAGAAUGGCAAUCAUCAAUGAUUUCAGAAUAGCAUCAAUCGUCCCCAGGGGUGAUCCAGCACCAAUAGAAGUCCAUGUUAUAAGAAAGUGGAAGCGAAGUAACGACCUCUUCUACCUCAUGAUAGACAAAUAUGGAGAUGCAAUACAGGCAACCGUCCCUUGGUUAGACAAUGAUUACUUUGAAAGGAAGAUUAGUCUUUUUUCAUGUUACUUGCUAGACGAUUACAUACGCAAUGAUGCACCUACAUCACUAAAAGUUAAUGCACAUCCAGCAAGUAUUCUCAUGGGAAUAACAACAACGAUAACCUUGAUACCUGGCUCAGAAACAUUCCCAAUGCAUUACUUUAACUUUUGUCCAUAUGCUAACUUGCAUCUCCGGCUCGACGACAACCUUGCUGACGAAAAACUGAGUGUUCUCACAGAUUACAUGGGCAAAAUAGAAGACACCAUACCAGGUAUCACUAAAAAGGGGAAGAAUUAUCUACGUGUGAAAUUGACAGACAUCAGUGGUCCAAACAUCGAUGUCACCCUAUGGGAAGAGGUUCUUCCACGUUUUGAUAAGCAAGCAAUGUUAAGCGCAGAAGAACCGAUUGUCGCCGCAUUCACAUCGUUGAAGGUCACCAUCUUCAAAGGUCACACAUCAGACAAACUACAACUGUCGUCAACCCCAGCAACCCACGUUUACUUCAACCCCGAUGUAGAGAGUGCCAUAGAAGCUAGAAACAGGUUCAAAGAAGGAACACUACAUCUACUAGGAGCAACCCCUGGCUACGAAUCACAGGAACGCCAUCUUCGCGCAGAAGACAGAAACAAAAGAAUAAUUUCAGAGCUCUUGGAACACCAAAAAGAAAACCAGGGGCAAACAUUGAGUUGCCAAGCAUCAGUGACAACUUACAUCAAAGGUCGGCCAUGGUACUACACAAUGUGUCCACAGUGCCCAAGAAAAAUAUACCAAACAAAAAGAGGUUGGUCAUGUAGUAGUCACCAAAACCUACCAGAACCAAAAUUCAUGUAGUGCGUGGCUGCAACGAUCUCAGACAACACAACUCCUACUAUGGCAACUUUUUUCGACGAGGCAACUGUUGGGUUAAUCGGCAUACAAUGUAAAGACAUGGUCCUGAAGCAUGGCUACACAGUCCGUUAUGAAACACCAGAACCCCUAUAUGAAGCCAUUGGAAAAGACGUCACAAUGCAGGUUCAGUAUGCCCAUUCAACAACUCCCAAUCCUAACUCAAGUGUUCUCUCCGUCAACAACGACUACGACAGCAAGCUAAACAUCACAGCAACACCACCUUCACCUACCCAACAAACAACAUCUACUGUAGACAAAAAGUUGGCCCUAGAAUCAAAUGAAAACAAACCUUCAGCUAAACGUCAACUAUGUCAAUCAGAAGGCGUAAGCGACACCAAGAAACUCAGGUUCCCGGAAUAGGCCACUAACAAAUACCAGCCCAACUAAAAGAAUGCAACCAACUGCAUCAGAAUGCACUACGUUUUGUACAUCUCAAUUAACUGAAGUAGUUGUUGUAAAUAAACUUAUGAUACGUUCGACAAAACCAUGGGCUGCCUUUUGUAUGUAGCAAUCACAUUUUGUAACCAUGGGCUGCCUUUUGUAUGUAGCAAUCACAUUUUGUAACCAAACCUUGCAAUCAGUUCCAUGAAAAGCAAGUUGCAC